GGUGGCGGUCUAGGGAUGUCUGUUGAGGAGAUGAGACUAUCGUCCUAUCGUUCGCAAGUGUCCCUAGGAGGCACCCUAGUCAAAACGGAAAUCUGUCCAACAGUUCAACUUCCGGUACCGUCUGCUAAGAUGGAGACUGAUGUAGCGCUCGUUCUGGGCAUUAUUUGCGCUUUAAUACUGAUUCUUUUCACGUUUCUCGGUUUUCUCGGCUACUGUGGUUUGUUCGCGCCCAUUGACAUCAGGGCAGGGAAGCCACCAUUUGAAGAACUCAAAGUCGCCUAUAAAUUUUGCCGCGGGCCUUACAAAACCUCGGGCGGGUUGUUUACCGAGGUACACAACUUAGCACCUUCACUAAAAUGCAUCGGGAUGUACUACGACGAUCCGGAUGAGGUGGAACCCAUGCAAUUGAGGUUCCUGGUCGGAGCUAUUCUCAACGACUCUCUGUGCCCGGCAGAUGAGACGCUGCUCAAGAAGCUCCAAGAGGAAGGUUAUCGCACGGUGACCUUCCCAGCCGUGGACAACGUCAUCAGUACCACAUUUCCUUUCCGAGGGUCCGUCUCUGUCAUCCUCGCAGUCGCCAGAGUAUAUCCGCAGCUCAAGGAAUAUAUCAAAGAAAAACACCUAUGUGCUCACCCGUUCCUGGAGAUCUACGAGUCGGAUAAAGUACUCUUUGUCUGCCCACUCGCGAAGCAAGACGAGUUUUAUGUGGACGAGGCCGUGGAAGAUCCUGAAGAAGGCGGAACUUCAGACCAGGGCUUCACUUCCGAAGAUCAGGAAGAGACAACGGUCUCCAAUGAAGCACCUCCAAUCCCCGAGCAGAGGAUCCAGACGAUCAACUCAACUCCAGUGGAAGAAAGUGACAGGGCUUCCAGGAGCAGCACCACGUCCUCCUUCGAAGAACUGCGGCUCGAUUCCACUUCUAACUGAUUGGCCGGCUUUACGAUAGGGGGUAGCAUUCAUUAAAGACUGUUGGGUGUCCCAUUGAUAUCGAGUAAAAAGAAAAUCUCCCUUGGACAUAUUUUCCAAUAUAAUGUCUUUGUGUAACACUCGUCUAGUGAUAGCACGUUUGUUACGAAAAUUGCUCCUUUUGUGUGGCUUUUCACCUAUAGAUUUGCUCAAUUAUGCGUACAGGUCCACAAUAGCUGGAGAAAUGAAAAUUGAUCUUGAAAGGACGUCGGAGUACUAUUGCAGUAUUUGAGAGUCAUUUAUACAUAGUCAAUUGGGCAGAUGAAAAAAAAUCUUGGUAGCCAGACGUUACGAAUAGCCUUCCUCCUAUUUGCUCUUCCGAAGAAAAGCAAAACAUAUUUUUGGUCCUUUGAUGCAGAAUGAGUGGGGCAUUCAUUCACAUUUGCUUUGAUUCAUUAAAGAUAUUUGUCUCGUUUAAGA